AUGGUAUCGAGUGUAGAAUCAGUUCAUAGCGAACAAGAUAAAUUUGCAAACAUUCAAAAAUCAAGUCAAGAUAGCUUUCAAAAUAUUGACAAUGAAGAAUAUUCAUUAAGUACUGAUCAUACUGACGACGCUAAAUAUAAAAAGCAGUUAGAUAAGAUAUACAGGAAGCUAGAUUUUAGAAUUAUUCCAGCAUUAUGGUGUUUAUACUUCUUAACGUCAUUUGGUUCAAAUUCUUAUGGGCUAACAUUAACUAUGAAUUCUGAACAGGGCCAUUCUUUGAUUCAAGAAUUGAAAUUAAGCUCUAAGGAUACCUCAACUGCAUCAGCGCUUUGUUAUGUUGGCUAUAUUAUAUUUGAUGUUCCAAUGAACUUAAUUAUGACUCGGGUAAGUCCUCAGUCAUGGCUAGCACGAAUAGUUAUUACAGUUGGAUUGGUUUAUACCUGUUACCAUGUCUUAAGUAAUAACAAGGGUGUGAUAGCUAUUCGAUUUAUUUCUGGCAUGGUUGGAGCUGGUACAUGGCCAGGCUUAUCUUACUAUGUUUCAUUAUGGUACCCGAACGAAAGACUGACUAGAAGAAUUGGGUACUAUUUUACUGCCGCCCAAAUAUCUGCUGCAGUAGCCGGUCUAGUUAGUGCUGGAUUUCAAAAAAUGGAUGGUGUUCGUGGUUAUACUGGAUGGCAAUGGAUGUAUUUAGUAUAUGGUGUUAUUACAAUGGCGGCUGGUAUUCUGUUACUCUGGUGGCUUCCUGACAGACCAUUCAAAACAACAAAAGAUUACUCGCAAUCUACUAACUUCUUUAUUAAAUUUUAUAAUAAGGUUUUUACUCCUACUCAUCCAUUAUCCCCAGAAGAACGUGAAAUUCACAGAAAAGACAUCGAAUCUCGUUACGUUUUGUUGGAAUGGACAUGGAAAGAUGUUGUCCAGAUUAUCACGGAUAUAAGAAUUUGGCCGCUAAUUAUAAUGUACUUUGGAGUUGUUGGAACCGGUUUCGGAUUAGCUGUUUUUGGCUCUACGAUCAUUGCUGUAAACAAUCCGAAUUUGACCUCAAUUCAAGUUUCGUUGCUCUAUGCACCAAUCUGGCUUUUUGAUCUUGGAGGUAUCCUAUUAAUCACUCCGUUUGCUGAUAGAUAUAAGAAAUUAAGAGCGUUGAUGUUCUCACUGGCAACUUUGAUUAUUAUUAUAGGAAUGUUUGUUACUACAUUUGCUCAUGGGUCGUGGAAUAAGUAUGCUGGUCUACUUAUUGCUGGGUUUGGUUUGGGUCCAACAGUGCCAAUUUGUAUGUCAUGGGCUUCAGAAAUAUUCCAACCUGCUUAUGGAGACGUCGGAACUGCUGUGAGCGCAGCAUUAGUUAGUGGACUUGGAAAUUUGGGCUCGGUUACGGCAACAUAUGCCUUAUAUUCUGGUUGGCCAGAAGAUAAAGCAAGGUUAUACAGAAAUUCAAAUAUGAUGUUGGUGGUUAUGCUAGGAACUAGUAUUAUUGCAGCCGCUGUCUGCCACCUUAUUAAGGACAAAACUCGACAAAAAAGAUAA